AUGGCAGGCGAACUCUAUCAGAGUUGUGUCGAACCGGAAUAUACGCACACCAAACCAGGUGGAAAUUUAUAUUUCCCACCGCUAAUCGCACUUGUACACAUAACAAGAGGUGUAUCAGAUGGAAUCGAGACCCAACUUAAGAAAAAUUGGCACACAUAUCCUGCAAACAUCAAGGAGACCAUCAUUCUCCAAGAUGUCAUUAACGUACUCUCGGGCUCCGAAGGCACGCUCUUUCACAUAGAACCGGGAACCUACAACGUACGUUGUAGCCCACUAAUCGAUCGCAGUAAGUUUGAAAUCGAAAUAGUCUAA